ACAUUAUUCUCAUUAGUGUUCAUCUAUCUUUCUCCCAAAAUUAAAUUUUCAGCAUUCCCAUUUUACCCUUCUCUGCCAUUUUUGUGAGCUAAUUUUCAGUUUUAGGAAGAUUAUGAUGAUGAGAACAGUUGCAGGAGGGUCUCCUUCUCCCCUGUUUAGCUCUUUGAAGGUGAAAACCCCGGUUUCGACGAAUGGAAGCCAUGGAUUUGGUUCUAGUUUUGUGGGAUUUGGAGGAGAGAGAGUGAAGAAUAAUGGUCAUGGAAGAAUUGUAUCUGCUUUACAAGAAGGUGGGCCCAUUACUGGGAUUGUGUUUCAGCCUUUUGAAGAGGUGAAGAGUGAUGAUUUUAUGGUGCCUAUUUCAUCACAGGUCUCACUUGCUAGACAGAGAUUUGUUGAUGACUGUGAAUCUGCCAUUAAUGAGCAGAUUAAUGUGGAAUACAGUGCGUCCUAUGUGUACCAUUCGCUGUUUGCAUACUUUGACAGGGACAAUAUUGCUCUUAAAGGUUUAGCCAACUUUUUCCGUGAAUCAAGUGAAGAAGAAAGAGAACACGCUGAGAAGCUAAUGAAGUAUCAGAACAUGAGAGGAGGAAGGGUGAAGCUGUUUUCAAUUCUUAUGCCGCCAUCAGAGUUUGAGCAUGUCGAAAAAGGAGACGCAUUAUAUGCAAUGGAGCUAGCCUUGUCGUUGGAGAAGCUCGUGAAUGAAAAAUUGUUGAACUUGCAUAGCGUGGCUGAGAAACACAAUGAUGUCCAGUUGCAAGAAUUUGUCGAAAGCGAAUUUUUGAAUGAGCAGGUUGAGGCAAUCAAGAAGAUUGCAGAUUAUGUCACUCAGUUGAGAAUGGUUGGCAAGGGACAUGGAGUUUGGCACUUCGACCAAAUGUUGCUUAACUAGGGAUACUCAUCAGAACUUCGAAGUUUUGGUUGUGCACGCUCUAGUUUGAAUGGGAUAGCUAGACAUUACUUAUGCACGCUCUAGGUGUCGAGUUUCUUUCGUCCAAAUAAAUUCAUCUUUAGUUUGGAUGGAAUAGCUAGAAAAUACGAAGCUUUGUAUAAAUGUAUGUGUUUCGAUUUUUAAGUUAUGUUUAAGGAGAUGAUUGUAAGUAGUCCUUUUAGAUUUCGUCUGGUAUUUGAAGUUUGAAGGUUUGAUAAUAUUUCACUAUAAGUGAUGCUUGAAAUUUCUUAGUUA